UGCUUCAGGAAUUUCCCAUUUUCUUGGAUCUUCAAAAUUGAUGUACAUUUAUAUUUUUCGUAAAUUUUCAUGCUCAAAGGAAAUAAAUAUUUUUGUCAUUGUCAUUGUCAUAUCGGAUCGAGGUAUAGGGAGGUUAUCGACAGUGUCUUCUAAGAAAAAAAUCGGUACAACUACAUGAUAUAACAUGGCAUCAAAUGAAGGUCUUCCAGUGAGCAGUGGCUUGAAUGUAAAAGAUCCGAAACUAGGAUUGAUGCUAAGCUACAAUCAUCAACAAAAGAAGAUUGUAAACAAAAUAAAAGAUCGAUUAAGAAGACUGGGUUAUGAUGUAUGGAUAGAUAGCGAGAAAAUGGUUGGACCCCUUUCGCCAGCAAUGGAGGAAGCAGUAAGCGACGCUGGUAUAGUUCUUAUCUGUUUAUCCAGAAAAUAUGAAGAAAGUGAUAGCUGUAAAUUCGAAUGUGAUUGCAUUCUGAAAUAUGAUAAACCAUUUGUUGCACUGAUCAUGGAAGAUUUUGAAAUUGACGAAAGCUCAUGGCUUAAAAAAUUCGAAAAAAAAAAUAUCUAUGUGAAAUUCACCGAUGAGGGGAAAUUUGAAGGAAACUUUACGGAAUUAACCCGAGUUUUAAAUCUAACCAAGGAUAAGAUUCUGAAAGCACAUGUCAGAAGGCAGCAAGUCCCGGCUCAAGGUCUGUAUCGAAUUAGUGAUUUAUCUGGACCAAAUUUUAGCUGUCUCUUGAGGGAAUGUUCCUUAGAAGGUUUAAGGCAGUUCCUGUAG